AUGGACUCGCACGUCGGCAAAUUAAUCGACUCGGUGGGCUCCAUCUUCCGCGGCAGCGACAUCCUCCCCUGGUGCGACCGCGACAUCAUCGCCGGUUUCGAGAGCGAGGUUGCUGAGGCUAAAAAUGAAGAACAGAAGAAUGAGAGCCUAAUGAGGCUCUCCUGGGCGCUUGUUCACUCGAGACAGCCUGAAGAUGUCAACCGGGGCAUCGGAAUGCUUGAAGCUUCAUUGGACAGGUCUAGCAGCCCAGAGCAAGCAAGGGAGAAGCUCUACUUGUUAGCUGUUGGGCGUUACAGAACUGGGGAUUAUACAAGAAGCCGACAGCUUUUGGAAAGAUGCUUAGAGGUCCAACAUGACUGGAGACAAGCCAUGACUUUGCAAAGGCUCGUAGAAGAAAAAACCAGAAGAGAUGGUAUGAUUGGCAUGGCUAUCAUCACAGGCGCCUUUGGAGUUGUGGGUCUUGUUGCUGGUGGUAUAAUUGCUGCGGCUUCUUCGUCAUCCAGGAGGAGAUGA